ACUAGAGUGCCUACCUCAUCCGUUCUACCCGCCAGUUGGCAGUCAAUAUUAAAUGACAUUUAUAAAUAAAGUAUGAAAAUUUACUAUUCAUAUAGAAGAGUAAGAGCAAUCUGUUUAAAUUAUCAAAGGAUAGAAAUGAUUUUCUUUUUUAUAAGUUCCUUAAUGAAGAGAACUUUAGCUAGACCUUUCUAUAAUAAUAUUUCAAGAGAAUAUCAUAUGAAGGCAUUUUAGUUUUAGGAUGGCAGUUUAACUUGGUAAAAUAUUGAAAAUAAAGAAUGUCCACCUCUUUAAAGUUUAAGUUUUAUGAUUAUCUUAUAUUAUAUAUUUAUUUUUUAUCGAAC